CACAGGAGGCCCACACCCUGGCCCUGCUGCAACACUGCCAUGGCGUCCCGGGGCCAGGUCUGCCCAGGCCCCAAGUACGUGGGCCUCUGGGACUUUGAGGCCCGGACAGAUGAGGAGCUGAGCUUCCGGGCAGGGGCCCUGUUCCAUGUGGCUAGGAAGGAGGAUGAGUGGUGGUGGGCCACCCUGCUGGAUGACUUGGGCCAGGCCCUGGCAGAGGGCUAUGUGCCCCACAACUACUUGGCUGAGAAGGAGACGGUGGAGUCCGAGCCAUGGUUCUUUGGCAACAUCUCCCGCUCGGAAGCAACACACCGGCUGCAGGCAGAGGGCAGCUCACCGGGCACCUUCCUGGUCAGGGUCAGCGAGAAGUCGGGUGCAGACUAUGUUCUCUCUGUGCGGGAUGCUCAGGCCGUGCGGCACUACAGGAUCUGGCAGCACCAGGGCGGCCGGCUGUACCUAAAUGAGGCAGUGUCCUUCUUCAGCCUGGUGGAACUCGUGGACUACCAUAAGGCCCACAGCCUGUCCCACGGGCUGCGGCUGACCACACCCUGCUGGAAGCACGAGGCUGAGCCCCUGCCCCACUGGGCCAACUGGGAGAGGCCGCAGGAGGAGUUCUCGCUCUGCAGGAAGCUGGGGGCUGGCUACUUCGGGGAGGUCUUCGAAGGGCUCUGGAAAGGCCAGGUCCAAGUGGCCAUUAAGGUGAUUUCCCGAGACAAUCUCCUACACCAGCACACCUUCAAGUCGGAGAUCCAGGCCAUGCAGAAGCUGCGGCACAAGCACAUCCUGGCGCUGUACGCGGUGGCCUCUGCAGGGGACCCUGUCUACAUCGUCACGGAGCUCAUGCCCAAGGGGAACCUGCUGGAGCUGCUGCGGGACUCUGAGAAGCAAGAGCUGCCUGUUUCCGAACUGGUGGACAUUGCAUCGCAGGUGGCUGAGGGCAUGUGCUACUUGGAAUCCAAGAAUUACAUCCAUCGGGACUUGGCCGCCAGAAACAUUCUUGUGGGAGAGAACAAUAUCUGCAAAGUGGGCGACUUUGGGCUGGCCAGGCUCAUCAAGGAGGACAUCUACCUCUCCCACAACCACAAGAUCCCGUACAAGUGGACAGCCCCUGAAGCGCUCUCCCAAGGGCAUUACUCCAUCAAGUCUGAUGUCUGGUCCUUUGGGAUCCUGCUCCAUGAGAUCUUUAGCAGGGGCCAGACACCCUAUCCAGGCAUGUCCAACCAUGAGACCUUCCUGAAGGUGGAUGCUGGCUACCGAAUGCCCUGCCCCCAGGAGUGCCCGCCCAAUGUGUACACACUGAUGUGCUCCUGCUGGAGCAGGGACCCAGAGCAGAGGCCCUGCUUCAAAGUGCUGUGCGAGAAGCUCUCAGGCUUCGCCAGAAGGGUGGCUGAGACAUCCACCUUUCCCAGAGCCUGCAGAGGAGAUGAUGGAGAGCUGAAGCAUCCCGGAAAGGCAGAUUCUCUCCCUGACCUUGUCCUUAGUGCCCAGAUGGCAGUGGGAGACCAGCCUUGUCUCCUGGAAACCGGGCCAGGCCAUCUUCUCUCCCAUGCCAGCUCCUCGUGUGCUUGGAUAUCAGGAUGCCUUCACAGGCUCAGGGCCACCUAAAAGCUGCUACCCGAGGCUGACAAGGAAAGUGGAUGGAAGCCGGGCGUGGGGGCUCACGCUUGUAAUCCCAGCACUUGGGAGGCACGAGGAUCGUUGCGAGUUCGAGACCAGCCUGGGCUACAAAGUGAGCUCAAGGCCAGCCUGAACUGCAUAGUGAGACCCCAUCUCAAAAAGACAAAAAAAAAAAAAAAAGUGGGUGGAGUUGGGCACAGUGACCUCUCCAGAUGCCCUCCAGCCACUGAAACGGUCAACAGCCUCCCUGUCACUGACCUCCAAUGUCUGGCAAACAUGCCCCAGACUCUCCCUCCUAAGAAAGAGCAUGUUUCCCUAUGCCCUUAAGAGGAAAAAUUUCUGCUUGCUAUAAAACCUGAUAGUUUUCUCUUGGAAUCACACACUUCAGGGAAGUGACUGUCAUUGGAGAAGAAAAAGGUGCUAUUUAGAAACUGGGAGAAUGAAAAAUCUCACGAGUAUGUCUUUGUGUGCAUGUGUAAACCUUUAUAAUGAUCAAUAAUACAUUGCCGUCCUCUUUUAAAUGCAGCUGAAAAGUGACGGGCACUGCGAAGCUCGUACUGUUGGAAUUGUCACCUGUUAAUGGUUAGUGGUCAGUGUAUUCACGUAUUAAGGAAACUAUGAACAUAACACUGCAAAACCCACGAAAGAGGCUGCAGCGUGUCUGUUUCUGCUCAGGAAGUCGCCCCCUCCCGGCUCCACUGUUGUCCUCCUGACUCCACAGCGGUCAGCUGCUUGGAGGUCUUCCCCGAGUUAGUAAUGGUAAACUGAGCCUCUCGUUUGUGCCUGCAACACAAGUUGGAUAAAAACGCAAAUGGAAACAAACCAGUAGUUAUGGUCCCGCUCUGCUGACUUGGGACUAAACGUUGUAAAGAGGACACUGUCGCUCUGCUGGCAUCUGUCUGUGGAGACAAAAUUCACACAGUGGUAGUGUGGCAUCUGCCCAGGCCUUGACACCGAGGGCAGGACCAAAUUAAUUUAUAACAUGCCUCACGUUGUACUCAGAGUGACCUAGAGAUAAACGAGCGCUUGUGUUAUCCUGAAACUCAGAAACAGAGAAACUAAGCCAAACAUUCCCGUGACCUGGAACUAUCUUUGGUACAUAAAACUUGAAGGUUGGUGACACAGAACCAACUAGGAAAACCUUCAAAGCUGUCAUGUUAACUAUAAUGCAGAUAAACUUUUUCCCAGCUGGGUUAGUCAAAAAGCGUAAGUAAAUUUUCUGGGAUGUUUAGGAUGAAACUAACAUGGUGUAGCAGUGCACGCUGCUCCCUCAGGAUGCGGAGGCUGGAGGACCCCGAGCUCAGGCCAGCCUGGUCUACACAGAGACCCUGCCCCCAAACCAAAGUCCAAGCCAAGAGCUGACCGGACAGGAGGAGAGGAAGUUGGGGGGGGGGCCGGGACAGACAGGGUUUCUACAGAUGCCAGAAUGCUGCCCGGGAAAUGACCCCUGGGGUCACAGCUCACGGGCGCUUACUUCCUGCUUUUCCCUGGAAACUAUAAAGAAUGCAUGCAAUUAAAACCAUUAGGAAUAACAGAGGCCACAGGCUGCAUGUAAAGUACACACGGAAACUAAGGAGAAGGUGUAAGAUCCUGGGGAAAGCUAGGCCGUAGAAAGAGCGUGUCAGGAACUACUUCAGGAAGAGGUUAAUUCUGUGCUGGAGUAAAAGGAAUAAUGAAAGUGUCAGCGGGAAGCGGAUGGGUUUUUUUUUAACGGUAAAAUGUAAGAAGGAAAUCUUACCUUACAUAUUUGAAGCUGGCUAAAAUCGCAUGGGUUUGUAGGUAAGGGUCUUCUCAAAGUUUGCUGUUUUUUUUUUUUUCUUUUUCGUUUUUAUUGGUACCAGGGAUUGAACUCACAACCACACACUUGCAAGGCAGGCGCUUAUGCCGCUGAGCGAAUCCCCAGCCCCUCAAAAUUAGCUUUUUUGCUCACAGUACACUGACACAAAUCUGGACUCUUCCAGCCCAGGAAGGCUGCUGAGGAGUAAGGCUCUUCCCCACCUUGUGGGUAAUCGGCCUAGGAGGCGCUGGUUGUGCUUAAGCAUCAUUCCUUGCGCUUCAGGUUCCCUCAGUAGGCCCUUUGUUUCUGAAAAGUGUCUUUUCCUAUUAAAAGGGCCAAGUUUUGUUCCUAACUAUGUGACCUAAAUUUGCCUUUACAAACCUUUUGCCACUUUGAAUAAAUAGAUAAUCUAGAUCAUAUUUAACAGUGUUUUAAAACUCGGUGGUACAUUUGACAACUUCUAAAAUCAAAUCUUAAAUACAUCUUCUUGAUUUUGAAGUAAUGGGGCAUUUCCAAAAGGGCCCCUAGAAUUAUCUCAAAAGAUGAUGUCAUAAGAAGGGAAAUGAAAUUUGACUUAAUGUAUUACUUGGAAAGCAGUCAAUAAAGAGACUUUUCUUUGGGCUGUUUAUGGGUGUUGGUAUGUGUUGCAGAAACUGUAUGGAACUCUUAGCAGCCUGCAUGCCUGUUAUGCUGCCAGCAUCAUUCUGUCUGUUCAAACAUUGCACGAGGUGCUGGGGGCUCAGUGGCACGUUGCUUGCCUGCCAAGUGCAAGGUCCUGAGUUCCAUUCCUGGCUCCCCCCAAAAAAUGUUGCAUGAGACAAAAAUAACCAACUUUCAUUGUCAAGUGCAUCAUUAAUAAAACUUUAUAUACUUAAUCAUGA